GUUAGUUUAGAAAUACUAUAAAUUAACGAACAAUUACGCGGUCUAUACUUGGCUAUGCUCUAUUUUUUUUAUUAUGAUUUCUAUAUAUUUACUAUUAUAUUAUAUUAGCAGUAGAAAUUUUAAUCAUGGAAGGAGAACAAACUUCUCUUUCUACAAGUAUGGCAGCUGAUAUGGAGUUUCCAUUUUGUGAUGAAGUAGGUAAGUACGAAAAAUUGACUAAGGUUGGCCAAGGCACAUUUGGUGAGGUUUUUAAAGCCAGGCACAGAAAAACAAGAGAGAUAGUUGCUUUGAAAAAAAUAUUGAUGGAAAAUGAAAAAGAAGGCUUUCCAAUUACUGCUUUACGAGAAAUUAAGAUAUUAAAACUGUUACAGCACGAAAAUAUUGUUAAUCUUAUUGAGGUAUGUCGCACAAAAGCAACAGGUUUUAACAGACAGCGUCCAAGUAUAUAUCUUGUUUUUGAGUUUUGUGAGCAUGAUUUAGCGGGUUUACUUUGUAAUCAGUCUGUACGUUUUUCACUACAAGAAAUAAAAAAAGUUAUGCAGAUGUUAUGCAAUGCAUUGUAUUUCAUUCAUUUUAAUAAAAUUUUGCAUAGAGAUAUGAAAGCAGCCAACGUUCUUAUUACAAAGCAUGGAGUGUUGAAACUUGCUGAUUUUGGUUUGGCAAGAGGGAUAUAUCUAACCAGAGACCCUCAUAAAAAUAGAUAUACAAAUCGAGUGGUUACUCUUUGGUACAGGCCUCCUGAACUACUUUUAGGAGAAAGAAAUUACGGUCCGCCAAUCGAUAUGUGGGGUGCAGGUUGCAUAAUGGCUGAAAUGUGGACUCGUAGUUCAAUAAUGCAGGGAAAUACUGAACAACAUCAACUAACUUUAAUUUCUAGUUUAUGUGGAGCUAUUAAUCCUGAAGUAUGGCCUGGCGUUGAAAACUUAGAACUUUACUCUAAAAUGGAGCUACCACAGCAAUCUAAACGAAAAGUCAAAGAACGAUUGAAAGUUUAUGUAAAGGACCCGCAAGCACUAGACUUAAUUGACAAACUUCUUUGGUUAGAUCCUUCUAAACGAUGUGAUGCUGACUCAGCUCUUAAUCAUGACUUUUUUUGGAGUGAUCCAAUGCCUUGUGAUUUAUCCGGUACCCUUUCCAAACUUAGUACAUCGAUGUUUGAACUUCUUACUACGUCGAGAAGAGGAGCCGCUGGUCCUCGAAUGCCUCCUCCUAAUCAAUCAAAACAGCAGACUUCGCAAAAUAUGGGAGGGGUAAUUUAUGACAGAGUUUUUUGAAAAUAAAUGUAUAAGUUGCAAUAACAUUGGUAAUCAUGUUUAUCCCUACUUACCUGUGAAUUCUCAUUCAAUGAUACGAUAAGAUGAAAGCCUUAUAUUUGCAAUGAUUCAAGAGAUAGAAAUUUUAUAUUUUAAUUUAUCUUUUAGAAAAUAUUGGAAGUAUUUUUUUUA